GCAGUCGAGAUAUGAAAAUAAUUGAAAGCAACGAAUAAUUUUGGCACGAAUUCGUUUGAUUUUGUUUCUGUUGCAAGUGACAUAACGAUUGUUAGAAACGAAAAUGGAAACGCAAAGUUCCACGAGCGGUUCGAAUAACGACAAUAUGAAUAUCGACCCGGCAAACAAAGAUGCGAUAGUCGCAGAAAAGACGAAACUGCACCAAGAGAUAAAAGAGCUGAGAAGCAUCAUCAAGCAGUGUGAACAGAGUCUGCAAACUCGCUUUAAAGACAUAGAGGAUCAUGUAACCAAGAAACCGUUGCAAAACUUGGAGACUUUCUUGACUUUUAAUAAAAUACUGAAUGUCCAGGUUGAUCUGAAGAACGAUCUGUAUAGAUUCGCUGGUUUUCGUUGCGUUAAAUUUCGGAAAAAUGAGUCUAUAUUUAAUUUUACGUCAACAAAUGAAAAGCAAAAGGACAAUACUCAAGCAGUACAGAUUCUUGUUAAGGAUGGAAAAGGCAAACUGGGGAAAUGGGUAAUGCCAGUGUCAAUCGACAUAAAUAAUAUAUUAUCCAAAACGCCAAUUGACAAAUUAAAAAAUUUAUCUGCCUUUAUAAAGAGCUGCAAGCACAAUGUUGAUUGUUAUACUGUACGACAAGAGCAGUUCCUGUCGCUAAAGGAACGUAUGUCACGUAUGAAGCAUUGUACUUUGCAAUCUGAUAUGGGAUUUAAGCAAAUCAGUUUGGAAUUGUAUGGUGUACACAACAGUGAAAAUGAUAGCUAUAUGAACUUGAUAAUACAUUUGCUGUAUCAUUCUGACACUACAAGACCUCAUAAAGUUGAGAUUAAUACAAUAAACGGAAACAAAUUAAAUGAUGACAUCAAACAGAAAUUAAAGACAUACUUUAAGCAAUUUAAAAUAUCAGACCUGCAAACAGCUUUUGACGAGAUUCUAUCAGAGAAUAACUCUACAUUUACAUGGAUGCAAGAAGAUGACACUGAAAGUCCAUUAGAGCUGAAUGAUACUAGCAACUCUGAUGAGGAAGACUUCUUAGUCCAGCUACAAUCAGAACAAACGAGAUCAUUCAGAAAAUUGCAGAAAAAACGUCAAUUACAGAAGAAGUGGAGUGAAAGAAAAAGGCAAAAAACUACCACUGAAAAUACUAAAUUAUCAGAAGAUAGUUCAGAAGAUAAUCAAGAAACUAAUCAUCCAAAUGCAAAAAAAGCACGCACUAAACGUCCACAGCGAAUUUCGAUAAAGAAAAAGAAAGCAGAGAAGGCUACUUCUGUCUUAAAACAAAAGAAAAUUAAUAAAAAUCCAAUAGAAACAACUCUAUUCGACAAACCUAAGGUUAAAUUGAAACAAACGAAAUUGAAUUUCCAAACUCAAAUGGCUACGACUUCUAAUGCAAAUCAAAUAUCUUCAUCUGAAUCAAAACUAAGUAAUAAACCAGACAGCAAACAGUCAAAGACCUCUAAACUAAUCACCAGUACACCACUAUGUCGCAAAGAUGAAAUUAGAAAUGUACCCUUGUCACCUACUCUGGAAAUUAAUAAUAUUACACGUAUUGAUACGACAAAGAAAACGGCAAUUAGAUUAGAUUACUCCAAAGAUAGUAAUGAAUUAGGAAUUAAGACUCCAGAAAAGAAGACACCAGAAAAGGUUGAUCGAUUAUUACGAAGUAGUACAAAGUCUCUUAGAUCAUCAAAGGUUUUGAAUACGACUCAACGUCGUACUAGAAGUAUGAAAAAUUAA